CCCUUUUGGAUGGCUGUCUUGUAAAGAGGUGGUUCGUUGUCAUGCUAAAUGCUAAGAUGUGGAGACUGGGUGAAGUGAGUUUUCUCCUCAAGCAGAAUAAUGCUUCAUAGCGAUUUUGACUUUUGUUUUACUGUGUUUUUUAUUUUAAGUGAACCUCUUGGAAGAGGGAAUGCCUUUGUGUACUGUCAAGUUCAGCCAGGGAAAGCAGUUGCUUGGCUUUUAACAGUGCAUCUAAACAUUGUUGCAAAUCACAGGAUAAUAACUUAGUCCUUUCCUUACAGGGAGGCUGCAAGAAGAUCCCAGCUGUGCUCUCUGCUGACUCCAAAGAAGACAUAACUGAAUGCAAACGCGUUUGCCAUCAUGGUGAGCGAGAGGCGUGACGGCAACCUGCUCGUGCAGCUGGGACCCAACCUGCAGGCCUACCCGGAGGAGCUGCUGCGGCAGCGGCGAGGCCACGACGGCCACCCCGAGUACCUGAUCCGGUGGAGCGUCGUCAGCUUGGAGGAGAGAGCAGCAGGCAGCAGCAGCGACUCUUGCGCGGAAAGCAAGCCGGAGAACAUCCUGAUGUGGAUGUCGGCAGAAGAGGUGUGCGCCAGCUGCCCGAUGUUGCUGGGCAAGAGGAAGCUGGACGGGCGGUGGGUGAAAGAGGAGAAGGCGCCCAGCCCGUUCCCCGCAGAUGUCGCGCUGGACGAAGCGUCGCUGCUGGAGAUGAAGGCUGACGUCAGGAGCCUGGUGCAGCGAGCUGGUCGGCAGAUGGCCGGGACUGGGGCUCCCGAGUCCUCCAUCCUCAACACCAUCCACGUGCUGAGCGCGUAUGCCAGCAUCGGCUCGCUGACGGGCGCCUUCAAGGAGACGGGAGCCCUCGACCUGCUGAUGGAGAUGCUGUGCCACAAGGAGAAGCAAAUCCGCCGCAGCGCUGGCAAGAUGCUGAGGGCUCUGGCUUCGCACGACGCAGGUAGGGGUGCUGGCGUCUCGAUCCCCGGGAAGCUGCUCUUUGGCCUGGUGAAGCGCUACCUGUGCGUCACUUUUCUUGUGGACAAGCUCAGCAGUGGUGCGGAGCAGGGAGGGGAGCCGCAGGACCGCGCCGUGUCCGGCUCGCUUGGCGGGGAGAGGAGCCGUGUGAAGCAGGAGUUUGAGUUCAGCAUGGCUAUGGCAAACCUCAUCUCGGAGCUGGUGCGCGUGAUGGGCUGGGACCACAGGCACAAGCUGGAGCUGUCGUCGCCGCAGGGGACGCAGCCUCGCACCGCCCGCUCCAUCUUCCAGCCCAAGGCUCCAGCCCGCCCUGCUGCUCAAGCAGCCCCCGCUCCCCCACCAAAAGAGCCCAGUGCCUUCAAGACCCGCUCAGCCUUCCCCAGCCGCAGCAGCUACGUGGAGUACGUGCAGGCAAACCUGCUGCGCGGCAUGCGGGUGCGCAUGCUGGAGGACUACGAACAGGUCAGCGCGGGCGAUGAAGGUGACUUCCGUCAGAGCAAUGAUGGCACCCCACCUGUCCAGGUGUACUGGCAAGCCCUGGGCUGUACGUACUGGGUUCACUGGCACAUGGUGGAGAUCAUUGGCCCCUCAGGGCCAGAGGAGCGUGAGGCUCAGGAGAGGGUGUCCACCCUGACGCACAACCGCAAGCUGGCAGCAGUUGCGCAGCCGCUCUUCUCCAAGCCCUUUGGGGGGCUGUACUCCCUGCCUUACCUCGGGGAGCAGCCAAGUGACCCCGCAGAGACCUUGAGCCGCGCCGAGUGGUGGGAGCUGCUCUUCUUUGUGAGGAAGCUGGAAGUGCAGGAGCAGGAGGAGAUCACCCGCCUCGUCCAGCAAGAGCAGGCAGAGCAGUUGUGGGAGCUGGAUGAAGAAGGCCUGAUGCAGCUGCGGGUGUCUGCGGAGCUGGCCCAGAAAGUGCUGCGGGUCUUGGAGAAGCGAUGCCAGGGCAGUGCUCGGAGCGACCUGCGAGGCUCCCGCGUCUACACCAAGUACUUCCUCGGCAGAGGGGCUGAGCAGGAUGGCGGGGGGAGCGCCGUGGUGUCCUCGGAGGGGGCCAGCUGCGGGAACACCAGGCCUGAAGCUGUGUUGGCCGAGGCGGCAGAGGAAGACCUUCUUGCCGCGGCCCCGGCACCCCGAGCCCCCGCUGCAGCGGAGAAGUCGGAUUGCCAGCUGUUCAGCGAGCUCCUCCAGAGGGAAGGUCUGUUUUUCCCAGAGGUGACGGAGGAGCAGAGCAAAGUGUUUGGCAGCUCCCAGGGGGCCCCCAUCCCCUCUGGCGAGGCUGCGCAGGUGCUGCGGGACCGCGAGUGCUUCGUGCUGCUGCUGCGCAGCUUCAAGCUGCUGGGGGCGGAGAAGGCCGCAAGCCUGAGCGUCCUCAGGAUCCUGAACAAGUUUCUGGACGGUUACCAGGAGGACCUGCUGCCCUGGCACGAGUGUGUUGAACCCUGUUUGUCCUCCAUGAGUGCCCACAGCAACGACCAGGAGGUNNNNCGGGGCGCCCGCCGCUCCCGGCCCCGCCUGGCCGCCGCCAGCAAGGACUGCGCGGUGGUGAUGUGCCGCGCGGGCACCCAGGAGGCUUUGGGCAAAGCCCUGGACAAGCACAGCGCGGCUCUGCCGUUGGCGCCAGCCCUGCGCGAGCUGGUGAGCGACUGCGAGAAGUACGCGAGCCUCUACAGGAAGCUGACGACCAGCAUCUUGGCUGGCUGCAUCCAGCUGGUCCUGGGGCAGAUUGAGGAGCACCGCCGGAGCCACCAGCCCAUCAGCAUCCCCUUCUUUGAUGUCUUUCUGCGCAACCUGUGCCGAGGCUCCAGCGUGGAGGUGAAGGAGGACAAGUGUUGGGAGAAGGUUCAGGUCUCCUCCAACGCCCACCGUGCCAGCAAGCUCACGGACGGGAACCCCAAGACGUACUGGGAGUCGAACGGCAGCACUGGCUCCCACUCCAUCACUGUCUACAUGCAGUGUGGCGUGGUGAUCAGGGAGAUGAGCAUGCUGGUGGCCAGCGAGGAUUCGAGUUACAUGCCAGCCCGCGUUGUGGUGCUGGGGGGAGAGAGCCCUGCUAACAUCAACACUGUGCUCAACGCGGUGACCAUCCUGCCCUCAGACAGCAGAGUGAUCCUGCUGGAGAACAUGACCCGCUUCUGGCCCAUCAUCCAGAUCCGAGUGAAGCGGUGCCAGCAGGGCGGCAUUGACACGCGUGUGCGUGGCAUCGAGGUGCUGGGUCCCAAGCCCACUUUCUGGCCCGUCUUCAAGGAGCAGCUAUGUCGGCGGACGUUCCUCUUCUGCACUGCCAGGGCUCACGCGUGGUGCCAGGAGAUUUGCCAGGAGCGGGGCCAGCUGCUGCAGCUCUUUGGCAGGCUGAACCGGGCGCUGCGGCAUGAGCAGGCCUUUGCCGACCGCUUCCUUCCCGACGACGAGGCGGCCCAGGCCCUGGGCAGGACGUGCUGGGAGGCCUUGGUGAACCCCUUGGUGCAGAGUAUCACCAGCCCAGACUUCAGUGGCAUCAGCCCCCUGGCCUGGCUGCUGAGCAAAUACCUGGAGAGUGUGGAGCUGCCCUGCCGUGCCACGAGCCGCAAUGCCGUCUUCAGGUCCCGCGUGCGGCGCCUGACCCAGCUCCUGGUGCACGUGGACCCCAGCGGCACGGAGCUGGAGGAGGCGAGAGCCCCUGGCAGAGCUGGUGGGAAGGAUGGGAAGAACAAGGAGGUGCCAGCUGGGGCUGCAAAGGUGGUGGCGGCGAAGAAGCUGAGUGGCCUCUGGGGCAUCUCGCAGUGCUGGCGUGGUGUGGUGCAGCAGCAGGUGCAGCGGUUCCUGGAGGCAGCAUGGCAGGCGCCGGACGUUGUGGAGAGAUACUGCAAGCUGUACCAGCACCUGCGCGGCGCCACGGCGGAGCUCUUUGGGCAGCAGGCUGCUUUUGUGCUGGCCCUGGCGCAGGGCUUCGCAGGGGCCUUGCUGCAGCUUUCCUUCCUGACUGCCCUGCACGUGAGCGAGCAGUUUGCCCGCUACCUCGACAGGCAGAUGCAGGAGCUGCGUGGGGUCGUGGGCAGCACGAGGCCGCUGCAGCAGAUGCUGGAGCCCUUUGUCGUCUUCUGUGGCCUGGAGCUCGCCCAAGCCUUUGAGCACUUCUACCGGUACUACCUGGGGGACCGGCUCCUGGCGCAGGGGCCGUCGUGGCUGGAAGGGGCCGUCGUGGAGCAGCUCGGGUUGUGCUUCCCCAGCCGCUUCCCCCAGCAGAUGCUGAGCAACUUGGCCGAGUCGGAGGAGCUCCAGCAGCAGUUUUACCUCUUCCAGCUGCAGGAGCAGGACAAGCAGCUGCUGGAGCUGGACACAGGCCUGGAGAGCCCCGAGGACGAGGCGCUGGGGGAGGCGUCCCUGGUGGAGGCACCGGAGGUGAAGGUGCUGGUCCUGUCCCCGCGCUGCUGGCCCGUUUCCCCGUUCUGCUACAUGGACGAGCCUGGGAGGUUUUUCUCGGCAGCGCUCAGCUCCCCCCUGGCCAAGUUUGCUGACUUCUGCAGGCGGAGCCAGAGGCAGCUGGGCCGGGAGUGCACGAAGCCCCGGCGGUUGCAGUGGACGUGGCUGGGCCACGCUGAGCUGCAGUUUGGAGACUGCGUCCUGCACGUGUCCACGCUGCAGAUGUACAUCCUGCUGCGCUUCAACAGUGCGGAGGAGGUGGCUGUGGAUGCCCUGCUGCAGGCCACAGGGCUCCCUGCUGACCUGGUGCACCAUGCGCUGACACCGCUGACCCACGGCGAGGGUGUCCUGGUGCAGAGCUGCACGCAGGGGGCUCCAGGUACUCUGCGGCUGAACCGGGCGGCCCUGGCUCCCUCCUCCUGCCACAGCGUGGACGUGCUGUCCUGCGUCCUGCACCUUCUGAACCAGGGCUAUCUCCGGCGCCAGGAGGGGAGGCCCCAGGUCCUGGAGUAUGUCUCUGUUGAGUCCCCUCCUGCCCCCAUGUCCCAAAUCCAGCCCUUGGUUGCCUUUCAGACUGUAGAGAUCAAGACGGCAGCAAGCACGGCCUCUGCCAAGAGGAGACAGACUUUUUCCACGUUCAGGUAGACAAGGGCUGGGUUGGGCAGGGAAGGCCCAGCCUAGGCCCAGCCAGCCCAUUCCUGAGGACUCUGGGGUUUUAUUUUAAAUAAAUGAGCCAAGCCACACCUGGUGCUGUUUCAUAGUCCAUGAGAGAGCUGUGGCUAAUUUGUGGCCAGGAGCAGUAUGAGGCCAGUACCAGUGGUGCCUCUUGCCAGGCAACCCUGAGCUCUGCACUUGAGGGGGAUGCAG